AGAUGUACACAAAGUAAAGGAUCAACACUGAAAUUAAUGAACUGAAUCCACUUAACCUAAUCUCGAGUGGAUACGCUAAUGGGGCAGUAUCAUCCACCAGGCCAUCACCCCACGGGCCACAGCUGAAGGCGACACUACAACGAUCUCAGGGAAUACGGGGGUCAUUCGAGCGGAGAACUAUUCCCUCAUUUUCACUAUUUUCUCUCGUUUUCCUACGCUGUACUUUCCCGCUCAGUACUCCUAGGCACAUAAGAGUAUUCUCCGCGUCUUUUCAGCCCAUAAGAAUAUAAAUUUACCAGUGAAUUAAGAUGAAAAGUGCGAAAAUAUGAUGUGCCUCCCACUCUAGGUACAUGUUCGAAUGGUUUAGACACCUUCAUAAGAAUCAGUGGAUUUCAGCGAUCCUGAUAACACCAAGAAGGAAAAGAUGGGCGGGGAGCAGCCUGCUCAGCCCUCUCGGCCUGGGGUUGGGUACGGCGCCCUGGCGUCCCUAGGCUGGCUGUAUUUAGUUCAGGGAAUCCCCUAUGGAUUGCAAGACAAGUUCCUCCCAGUGCAACUACGGUCCCUUGGCCUCAAUUACUCCAGUGUGUCACUGCUGAAGCUGCUGCUGGUGCCCUGGAUUGCCAAGGGAGUCUGGGCACCACUGGUGGAGGUGUGUGGAGGAAAGCAAUGUUGGCUCCUCAUAGCCACCCUUGGUCUUGGAGCCUCUUCUCUAGCAGGCUCUGCCAUCGCCCCAGAUGAUGUGGCGAGUCUGGGAGUCAUGCUGCUCUCCCUCAACUUGUGCUCUGCCGUGCAGGAUGUGGCAGUGGACGGCCUGGCCCUGCACCUCCUGCCAGACGACCACCUCAGCAUAGGAAACACUCUGCAGGUUGUGUUAUAUAAAGUUGGCUGUCUAGUAGGUGGGGCUGGACUCACAUACCUACUUAUGUGCAGCAACUGGACCAUAACCUUCACUAGCCUAGCAGCUGUAUAUAUGACAACUGCUGCAUGGGUAUGCUGCCUCUCAUUCAAAGAUCCCUUCUCUUCAAAGUGUUCAUCUGAAGACAAAGGGAUGAAAAACACUGAUUUGCUCAGCAAAAAGGAAAACAAAGAGCAAUUCCUUGCCAAAGAAAAGACUUCACAAGGACAGUUAGACAUACUCAUGGUGGAAAGAAUAUUCAGCAUUAUGAGAGAAGUGGUGAGUUCAUCAGGAGCCGUCUGGGUGAGCUUAUACGUGUUGCUGUACAAGAUGGGUGAGAGAGGCGCCAUAAACAACAUGCCUCUGUACCUUUUGGAUAAGGGAUUUUCAAAGGAAAGUUUGGCAUUUUGGAACGGAACAGUGUGCCAGGGACUCUCAGUGCUCGGAUCUGUUUAUGGAGGAGUUGCAUUGAGGAAGCCCCAUUAUUGUAUUAAAACAGUUAUUUUGAGAUACUCAUGUCAUAGAUUCAUUCUUAUCCUCACUCAGUGUAUCCUGAUUUUCCUGUUAGAGCAACACCUGAGUGCAAGUUAUAUUUACACUUUACAGUAUAUGAGCAUUGCAUCCUUGUGCCUGCUGAGCUUCAAUAGUGGAGUUAUAUCAACAGUCACAUUCACAUUCAUGAUGGUGAAGAGCAGGGAGUGCAGCCCCGAGUCACAGGCCAGUCAUUACAGUGUGCUGGCAUCAGUUGAGGUGGCCGGGAAGUUGAUAUUUGCAUCACUCGCUGGGUUUGUUAUUGACAAUUACGGAAUCCUAUGGUCAUUUUCUUUAUUUGCAUUUCUGUGUUUACUUCCAAUCAUAGUCAUCUAUGCAGCACCUUGUUACCUAUACUCAGAUUUAAAAAGAGAAUAAAGUUAUUUACAGAA